CCCCAAUUGUACGUCGGCAAUUCCCCGGCUAUCGAAUCACCAAUUAAUUUGAUUCUUGAAUCUGCACCAGAUGGAUCGUUGUCAGUAAACUGUCGUGCAUGGCAACCUACAUUCCUUGUUUUUGAAAAUUCCUCUCUUCGUUGUAUUCUGUAUUUCUAUGACCAGAUGGCGGACGAUACCCUAGAGGUGUACGAGACUAUCGUGGAUGUUGAGAGUGAUGUUAACUGGAUGUUAUACACGUAUACCCCCCACUUGUUAUCCCUCACUGCAUACGGCACCGGAGGCCUCUCAGAACUCAAAGCGCACCUCCACGACAGCUCCGGGAUAGGCAUCGCAUUUUAUCGGGAGGAGAAACCUGGCAAGCCUGGAUUCGCGGUUAUCAACUACAUUUCUCCGGGCAUCGAGGGCUGGAGACGAGAAAAGGCACUAAUAGAUUCAAGCCGGGUGGCAGAAGGGUUUACAAAGAGUCAGACUGCACACGGGACAUUGACCAUCGACCACCUCGCAAACCUUACUCCAACGUCGAUCCACCAAGCAAUCCUCAGCCCAGAUUCUCCACACAUCAUACAAACAGAACACGAGAUCCCGCUGAAACUGGAACCAAUGCGACGAUCAUUCACCGAUGGCUACGCUCCGCACACCGCAGUGCCUGUGCAGAAGACAGGGAGCAUGUUUUCUGGACUCAGUUUAUUGAGAAGGAAAGGGAGGAAAGACACCCACAACUUUGACGACGACCUCCCGCCCCCAACGCCACCCAAAGACAAUUUGCCCGCACCACCCAACUACAAUUUCCACCCUCCACCGAUGCACAGCUACUCGCUCGGUGUCGCCUCUCGUUCACGCAUGGACAUGCCCGAACGACGGAGGAGUGUAUCCGAGUUUGCCAUCAUCUCACACCAUGACCACGACCAAUCCUACUCUGGAUCCGACGAAUCCUCCGUUAUGGUCGAGCGGCCUCCGAGUCCCAUCGUUCCAGUUCCACUCGUGGGGAAGUGGAACCCUGCCGAGACGACCGUGAUCGCAGACCCUGCCGAGCGCGCGCGCAGAAGGCUGGUGGCACGGAGACAGCGGGAGAUGGAGGAAGCAGAGGCGGCGCGGGAGGAGGAGGAACGACAGGCGGAGAUACGUCGGGUGAAGGAGGAACAGAGGCGCGUGGAGGAGCAGGAGGAGAGGGAACGCCGCGCGAGGAUUGAGCGGGACAUGCGCAUGAGUACCGAAGCUAGGCGACGCAAGAAGGAAGCCGAGGAGAGAGCCGAGGAGGAGAAGAAGCGUGAGUUGGCGGAGAGGCGCAUAAGGGAGAGGGAGAAGCGUCUCGAGGAGCAUCGCCGGCUGGAGCAGUGGCGUGCUGAGCAAGCAAGGAUCAAGGAGGAGGAGAUCAGGAGAGAAGAGGCUGAGAGGGCCAAGGAGCGGGCCGAACGCAAUAAGAGGGUAGAGCAGAUGGCGGCCCGGGUCAAGCGGGAUAAGACUGAAAGCAUGCUCACCGGCUGGGCUACCAUCCAGAUCAACGACUCUCUUGUCUGGAGAAGGCGGUACUACAAGUUUAUCGGUGAUACCAUGUUUUUCUAUCGCAGUCCCAAGGACAUGAAUCAAGUGCUUGAUCAAAUCCAACUCCGUGGAAAGCUCAACGGACUGAAAGAGUGGAACGACGGCUACGAAGAACUCAAAGCUAUACCCAACUCUUUUGCUAUUGAAUUCAAGGACCAACGUGGGCCGUGUGCGAUGUUUUGCGAUACUGAGGAAGAAAAGGAUAAAUUGUUGGGUGUUUUGCAUCAUACCGCUGGACUGUGA